AUGUUCCUCACACAGUACGCCGCCGUAUCACGCAGCUGGCAAGCGCGCAUCGAGGCCAAAACCUUUGCACACAUCACGCUCACCCCGGCGCGUCUCGCUUCACCCCUCGCGGCGCAGGCACUGAGUCCCAGCCGGGUGCACCGUUUCGUCCGCUCGGUCAAGGUCGACGUGUUGCUGCCGCCGUACGGCGAGGAUGCUCGGACGCGGCGCGAGGAUGGCGAGGAGAGGCUCACGAACGACAGGGUCUUUACGCAUGUUAUCCGGAAGGUCUUCUCCUUACUUUCAUCUCCUUCUCCUGGGGCGCAACAGCCUAUGGGCAACCUCGGCGGUCAUGAUGCAGGCAACGCUCAGCAGCAGGAACAGCAGCUCGGGGAGGGCGUUAGACCGGCGGCCUAUCGUGCCAAGAUCAAGCUGUACAUGACGGCUCUGUGCACUUUGCGGAAGCUCUGGAAACGCUACCAUCCUCACUACUGA